AUGAAUCAACAGCGUACACUCCGUGGUCGUUCCAACUUAGCAACAACGAUGAACGACAAUAACGAUGGUCAGAUUAUGUCAGCAUCUGCAUCAUUUAUUCCAUUGAAUGAAGAAAUGUUUGCUUCUACCAUACAAUCCAACUAUUCAGACAUACAAAUAAAUCGGGAAUCGAUCAUAUUCAUUUGGUUAGAUUUGAAAAUUCUAUCAACGUCUAUAUUUAUCGGUGCAUUACGAGCAAUCAAUCAUACUGUUCGAACUUACACUGAUGUAUUAACUUGUUUGAAUGAAUCAAAAACUUUUAAAGAAAAGAUCUUUUUCAUAUCAUCGUCGAGUAAUGAAGAAUUAAUUGCAGCAAUGAAUAAUAUUGACAAUAUUGAAGCCAUAUUUGUACUUCAUUCUGAUAUUAAUUCUAUUAAAGGCAAUUAUCAUAAGCUUCUAGGCAUCUUUACUCAACAGGAAGAACUUAUUCGGAUACUGAAGGAGACACUCGAUAAAUUUCAACAGAUUCAACUAGAAAGAUUUAUAUUUGAACAAGAUAAUAUAUUUCUCUGGUUACAAUUGUGGAAAGAAGAGUUGACAAACCGAAAAAUUCCAACGAACAACAAAAGUGAUUUUGUCGAGAUGGCUCGAGACUAUUAUCGAAGUAACCCGAGAAGAAUCAGAAUUAUAGAUGAAUUCGAUCGAACAUACCGUCCGAAAGAGACUCUGCAUUGGUGUGUCGACAAGCCAUUUCCUUCAUAUCUUCUUCAACAUGCAUUUAUAUUUUGUCAACCGGAAGAGCUCAAUUUUUGUCGAUUUCUCAUUGCCGAUGCAUCUCGAUUGAUACAACAACAAUCGAAGCGUACUGGAAGUCUUCAACUCUAUCGUGGCAUGAAAUUACCAAGUAAACUACUCGAGAGCUUCGAAAUGCAUACGGGUAAAAUUAUGUGUGCAUGUGGCUUUUUUACUUGUACAAAAUCAAGAACGAUCGCCUUGGAGUUAGUUUCAUCGUCCGGCUAUCGAUCUGAUCUUUCAUCGGUUUUAUUUAAAAUUGAUUGUGAUGCAUCGGUAAAAUUAGUUGAGGUAUCUACAGAAAAUCGUUCAUCAAUUGUUAUCUUCGAUGUUGGUACAACUUUUCAUAUAAUAUAUAUCAAUCGGGGUACAACCUCAAUCAUCAAAUUGAAAGUAGUACCCGAUGAAGGAAAGAAAAUGGCACGCGAGUAUAAAGAUAAUCAUAAGGGGGAGACCAUUAAAACAAUGCUUGAUCAAUUGUUAACUUCUCCAAAACAGCGAUUGUCUCCUUCUUCAAAACAAUCAUCGUCUCCUCUUUCAGAAUUCAUACAUUCAUCAUCUUUAUCAAGUCAAAACAUAGACAGUAAACCGAAAAUAUCCAAUGAUGAAUUGCAAGCAGAGAAUCAUACGAAGAACGGUGAAAUCGAUUUAGCAAUUGCCGCAUAUCAACGUAUUCAUCCUAUAUCGACUUCUAUACUCGUUCGAAUGGGAUAUCUUUAUGCCGAUAAGAAAGGAGACUAUGAUAAUGCCCUUAACUGCUAUACACAGGCACUCAAAAUACAAGAGGAAACAGGCGAAAAUAUUGCUGAUACUAUCACUCGAAUUGGUAUGGUACAUCACGAACGGCAUGAAUCUGAUUUAGCCUUGGAAUAUCAUACUCGCGCACUCAAACUACGUAAAUCUAUUGUACCAUUAGAUAAUGCCUCUAUUUCUACUAAUCUAAUUGGUAUUUCAAAUGCUCAUCGAGCUCGGCACGAACUGGCAGAAGCACUUGAUUAUGCCAAACGAGCUUUAGCCAUACGCGAAGCUAUGGUACCCGUUAACGAAGUAAGUGUAGCUUCAAGUUUGGCGACACUUGCCAAUAUUCAUCAUGAUCUUAACGAUGAUUGUCAAGCACUUAAAGUUGGUAUGCGUGCAUUUGAUAUUUUUGAACGUAGUCUUCCGCCAAAUUCACCCGAAUCAGCUGCCUUACUCAACAAUUUGGGUGCGAUACAACUGAGUUUAGGUGCAAUAUCUGAAGCUCAACAAUUGUUUGAACAAUCAUUACAGAUUUAUCGGCAAAGUCUUCGGUCGGGACAUCCAUAUCUAAAAAAAUUGGAGAAUAAUAUUCAAUGUAUUACUCAAAUGAAAAAGCAAAAAGAAAAUGAUUGA